AGCGCCAUUUUGUUCUGGGCUGCCAAAGCGUGUUCGCCGGCGACCAGCAGACAUGGCUAGCGCUAGCUCUAGGACUCCAAAGUGCGGAAAUGUGCCCGUUCACGCGAAUCCAAAGUACAAGAAGUCAUCUGGGCAUCGUUGCGUCGUGUUUGGAUGCCAAAAUAACCAGCGGAAAAGGAGCAGGUUGCUUAGCGCUGUUUGCGAAGAGCACAAUACACGUAGGGAAUCGUGCCGGUGCGGUGUUUUCAGCCUGCACCGAUUUCCAUCCGCAACGAAGAAUGGCAAGCUGCGCCACCGGUGGAUAGCUGCAGUGAAUAGGAAGAACUACCAACCCAGUGAAAAUGCACGAGUUUGCUCCGAGCACUUUCUGGACAAGCCCACAGGGCAGAAUCCCGCGCCGGUGCUUCGCCUUGGCUAUAACAAGAAGGCAAGCCUUUUCGUGUUUUCACUCAGGCAGAGCUCCUGACGGUUAAGCGGAACAGUUGAG